CUUUUACUGCAUUACCUAAUCCCAUCAGCCUUUGCGGGAGGCGGGAAUAUGGCUGGUUGUCAACGCAACGUGCAUGUCAUUAAAAGAAGUAACGCCCAUCACAUCAUCUCAAACCAAUAGGAAGCCUGAUACAUGACAUCAUUGUUAUUUUCAGUAUAGCAGCAGCUUAGAAGUGGAUAAAGUUCGUCUCCACGUUGGAAGUGGUAGAAACUACAUUGUGUCGAGUCAGACACAGUAUCUGCUUAGAGAAGAAAAACCUUAUUUGAAUAGGCGAAUCGAUGAUUUUUUUUAAAAAUCCUAAUUGAAACAAAGACGCCUAUCGAUUGAGGAAGUUCAUAUUUUGUUUGUUUGAUACUAUUAUUUUAUCAAAUCUCAAGAAAAGUUUCCACAUCGGACAUCAAGAGUUGUCCUCCGGGUUGAGAUUCGAAAAUUACUUGUCCUAAGACUGUAAAAAGAUUUGGGAAAGCAGAUUACAAUUUAUCACUCCAUAUUGUUUAUUGCCAUUUCGACCUUUGAUGUUUGGAUUUUUUCCCAGCAAUUAUAUUCGAAAUAAAGACCCGUCAAUUGAUGCCCACCAAGAUGGAAGCUACAUUAUAUGACGAAUCGGUAAAUGGUCAGCAAGGCGCAGUGGGUGGAUAUCAUGGGUUUAACCCGAAAACCCUGAAGCAGAGCAUGACACUGAACCUAAACGACCCUAAAAUGUUUAAACCUCAUCUGCGGGCGAAAGCUAUCGACAUCCUGACGUCCCCUGAUGUGGGAUUAUUAAAACUGGCCUCCCCGGAAUUGGAAAGGCUCAUCAUCCAGUCCUGCAAUGGGCUGACGACUCCGACCCCAACUCAGUUCCUCUGUCCCAAGAACAUCACCGACGAGCAAGAGGGUUUUGCCGAGGGAUUCGUAAAGGCGCUCGCGGAGCUUCAUUAUCAACAGCAUAUGCCCAAUGGCAGCUCUGACGCUCAAACCAAUGCUCCCAACGACAUGGCACCCGCAUCUACUGUGUCGGACAGUCCUAUACCCUACAGCUGCACCGUGCGCCCCGAGCCACCUGAAUACACAAACUUGGGCACUUUCAGUCGGGCUGUCAGCUCUGCGUCGGCACUUAACGGCGACAGACUCUCCUCCGCUAGUUACACGGCCGACCCGUCCCAAACCCACAUCGAGCCCCAGCAUCCACGGAUACAGCAUCCUCGGCUACAGUCAUUCAAAGAGGAGCCCCAGACGGUGCCCGAGAUGAGUGGCGAUACCCCUCCGCUGUCUCCUAUCGACAUGGAGAGCCAGGAGCGGAUAAAAGCCGAGAGAAAGCGCUUGAGAAAUAGGGUGGCCGCGUCCAAAUGCCGGAAAAGGAAGCUGGAGAGGAUCUCGAGGCUGGAGGACAGGGUAAAAAACCUGAAGACCCAACACACAGAGUUGGUCUCCUCUGCCAACGUGCUCCGGGACGAACUGGCACUGCUCAAACAGAAGGUCAUGGACCACGUUAACAGCGGGUGCCAACUCAUAUUGACGCAGCAGCUCCAGGCGUUCUGAACGGCCAAAGACUGCGCUUUGAGCGAGAGACAUUUCAUUAUGGGACCAAACGCAGCUCCUAGGGGCGUGAUACAGUACUUCGUCUUUGCGCCUGACAGAAUGGCGACAAUAUAAACUUCUUCGUGGAAUAAUUAGGCUAGGGGUGGCCAAGGCCGACAAACAGUGCCAAUGCCUGUUACCCUAUGACGAGUUUUGACAUUGUCUAGUAUGUAAAUAGUCCAAGUCUAGCACUGAGUUUUCUCACCAGCAACAAGUUGUACAAUGUAACACGAUGAGACAUUGCAUUAUUGACACACCUUGUGAAAGGACUGACUCACAGGUGUGUGUAGGCUAGGCUACUAGGACUGACACAAAACCUUCUUACUUUCUUAACAUUUACACAUUAAUACAAUUUUGUGAAAGGGGUAUAACAAAUGUUAGAUCUGAAUUAAUACCUUAUCAUAAUACUGUUUUUAUGCCUGUUUUUAUGCGAACUGUAUGUUUAAACGACAAAUCUAAUGUGGAAUAAAAAUUAUCAUGAAGAAUA